AUGGAUCCAAAAGAAACGAGAAAAGAAACAGGUGAGGAUCAUCAUCUAGAAUCAGAGGAAGGUUCAUCUGGAGAAGGAAAAUCAAGUGAACCCAGGAAAGAAGAAUCUUCGAACUCAUUUGUGAGUGCUGAAGAAGAUCCAGAAGAAAAUCCAUCAGAAGAAUCUCGCAGAAAUUCGAGGGAGACUGUACAGACUAGCAAGGAAGAUACAAUGGGCGACGAAAUCCAAGAAAUCGAAAGCCCAGAGGAGAAGAUCCAAGAAACAGACGCGGAGAUCCCAGAAGAACCGAUGAAGGAACUGCCCUCAGUUCAAUUAGGGCAGGAGAAGUCGAAGGAUGCUGAAAUAGAAGUAGUUGCAGACUCAGCAUCAGAGACAGAAGUGCUGAAAGCAAAAGAGGAUGAUGAUAGCACUAAACCAACAGAUGAACCUGAAGUGGACUCACGUGCACAAAAGGUUGAAAGCAAGAAACCUAAGGCAAAGAUCGCUGAGAGAAAGGGCAAGGUUUCUGACUAUCGAGUUAUAGCUGAACAGAGGGCACGGACCAGAUCUCAAUUGGCUGCAAAACCAGUGGUGACUGCAAAAAGUCCUCCUAAAAAGGUUCAAAGGAAGAUAAAAUCACAACUUGCCUUGGUGAUUACUGAGCACAAGACCCCUAAGAAACCCGAGAAGAGGAAGGCUGAACUAGCAAAAGAUAUGCCGCAGGCAAAAUUUUCAAAGCUUUCUAAGGAAUAUCAAAAGGAGAAGAUGAAGGGGAAGAGAAAAGUUCAGGAAGAAAGUGAGAUACUCAGUUCUCCUUCUGGGUCAGAAGAUGAGGAAUUACUGACGAGCCUGUGUAUGUCUCAUCACUUUGUUGAUGAGAAAUCUGAACAAAGGUUCAAUGACAUGAAGAAUCUCAACAUGAUUGUGGAGAGAAACGUGAAUGUCAGCAACCUCAAGGAACAAGGGAUAUGGGAUAUCCUGGAAUGUCUAAGUCUAGAAGAAACAGUCACCUAUGCUUGUCCACACAGCAAAAUUCUGAUCAAAGAAUUUUAUGCAAACAUCACUAAGAAGAUUGUGAAGGCAGGGGAUCCAAUGUACCAUCGGGUGUACAUAAGAGGAAAGAUACUGCAUUUUUCUCCAGCAGUAAUCAACAAGAUUUUGGGCUUGAAGAACACAGUUGUGACUACCAUGGAUGAGCUGGACAGGGAGAUUGACCAGAAAGAGGUGGAGAUAGCUCUCACUGAUACUUUUGAUGAAAAGAGGAAAGGUGAAAUAGCCUAG